UAGGUAUUGGAUCUGAUUGUUAAAUCAUCUCUAAUCCGUGGACAGGUUUUGAUCUCCCCAACAACGACGACGAGGACAAGGACGACCAUGAAAAUUGCCAUUGCUUUGCUGGUCAUAGUGGGCCUGGUGGCUGCCAGCCCAUUCCCCAAAAAGGAAACCAAAUAUGCCGAUAAGGAAUUUUUGGCCAAACAAAAGUUCUUCUUUGAGAUUGUCUAUCGCGUGGAGGAUCCUUUGUUCUUUGAGGAAUACAUUAAACUAGGCAAGACUUUCACCUACAACAAGGAAGACUACAAGUUCCCCGAACACUAUGAUGGUAAACACAUGGAGAAAUACUACAAGGCCUUCAAACAUGGUGUCACCUUGCCCAAGGGUGAAUUCUAUGGUGCCUUUGUGGAAUCUCACUUUGAGGAAUUGUAUGGCCUAUUCGAUUUCUUCUAUUAUGCCAAGAGCUGGGAAAUCUUCCAACGCAAUGUGUGCUGGGCCCGUUUGUAUGCCAACGAGGGUGUCUUCAUUCAUGCCUUGACUUUGGCUGUCAUUCACCGUGAAGACUUUGAAGGCUUCAUCUUGCCCACCAUCUAUGAAAUCUUCCCUCAAUACUUCUUCAACAGCAAAUUCGUCUUCGAGGCCGAGAAAUUCGACUAUGAUGUCUGGAGCAAAUACAUCAUGUACGAGAAGGAAUACAAAGACUUCCUCUACACCGACUACACCAAAUACUUCAAGGAAUUUGAUGACAAAUAUCAUUACGAGUACUACAACUACUUCUAUACCAAGGACUGGAAGGUUUGGCAAUGGUGGAAACUCAUGGGCUUGGACUACCAUUGGUAUUCGGAGGAGCAUUUCAUGCUUCGUGAUAACUCUGAUCAUUUCAACAAGGACUCCAAGUACUUGGAUAUGAUCAAGGAUGUCAAGAAAUUCUGGAUGCCUGUUGACUAUACCCGUGAUGUUUACUUCUUCAACGAGGAGUCUGAAUUGUCCUACUUCACUGAGGAUGUUGAAUGGAAUGCCUUCUGGUACUACUUCAACUUGGACUAUGCCCCAUUCUUGCAAGGUGAAGCUUUUGGCUUGAGCGAGGAUCGUCGUGGUGAAUACUACUUCUAUGUUGUGCGCCAAAUGUUGGCCCGUUACUACUUUGAGCGCUUGUCCCAUGGCUAUGGUGAGAUUCCCGAAUUCUCCUUCUUCACUGAAGUCGAAUAUGGCUAUGAUCCACAAUUGAUCAGCUACAAUGGUGUUGGCUUCUCCUACCGCAAGAACUAUUUCGAAUACGAAACCUAUGGCAAUUUCGAAUAUGUGCACAAGGUUAUGGGCUUCUUCAAGCGCAUUGAGGACAUCAUCACCCAAGGCUAUUAUGUGACCUAUGAUGGCAAGAAGAUUGAUAUGCACAAACCCGAAGCAGUUAAAUAUUUGGGAGACCUCAUGCAAGGCAAUGUUGAUAACUUUGACAAAUACUUUGCCACCUUCUGGUACAUCUAUGCCCACUCCUACAUGGCUGAUGUGGAUGAAUCGGACUUCUAUGUCCAUCCCCAUGUCUUCUUGAACUAUGAAACCAUGUUGCGUGACCCCGUCUUCUAUCAGUUCUACAAGAAGGUCCAUGAUGUGUUCUAUCAAUUCUAUGACUAUGUUGAUGCCUACACCCACAAGGAGUUGUUCUUCCCCGGUGUGGAAUUCGAGGAGGUCAAGGUAAGCAAAUUGGUUACCUACUUCGAUUUGGUGGACUUUGAUGUGACCAAUUUGUUGAACGACAAACCCACAUUCGUUGAUGGUCAAUUUGUUUGGGACAAAACACUGUUGGCCCGUCAAAUGCGUCUCAAUCACAAGAACUUUGAUUUCGAUUUCAACAUCAAAUCGGACAAGGAUCAUAAGGUAGUUAUCCGUACCUUCGUGGCUCCCAAGUAUGAUGAAUUCGGCCAUGUCAUCCCAUUGGAUGAGAACCGUGAGAACUUCUUCAAAAUCGAUGAAUUCUAUUAUGAAUUGAAAUCGGGUGUUAAUACCUUCAAGCGCAGCUCCAAGGACUUCUACUGGACCACCGAUGAUCGCACCACCUACACUGAAUUGUACAAAUUCGUGAUGUUGGCCUAUGAGGGCAAAUACGAAUUCCCCUUGGACUACUCCGAACCCCAUUGUGGCUUCCCUGAUCGCUUGAUCUUGCCUCAUGGCUGGGCCAAGGGUUACCCUGUGCAAUUCUUCUUCUAUGUCUAUCCCUUCACCGCCUCCUAUGAUGCCUACUCCACCUUUGAUUACAACUACUAUUGUGGAAUUGGCACUGGUGUUCGUCACAUUGAUGAAUAUCCCUUCGGUUAUCCUUUGGAUCGUGAGAUCGAUGAAUUCGAAUUCUUUGUGCCCAACAUGUACUUCGUGGAUGCCAAGAUCUAUCAUGAAGAUACCUUUGAGAAGUACCAAGAGACCAAGUAUGAGAAGUUUGGUCAUUUCGAUUAUAGCUACUAUUAUAACUAUUAAACAAAAAAGGUUAAAUUGGAGUUAGGGCUGUGCGCGUUUAGGUGAGUGU